AUGGCGCAAGACGACGGUAUCAACGCAGACCUACGUGCUUCGCAGAAGCCCUCAAUCACGGUUACGCGUCGACACGACCGAUCUUUUCGCAUGCUGUUGAUGCAUACGUUCGUCAGGCCAUUCAAGCAUCAAAUCGUCAAGCUGCCCAAGAAAGUGUUUCCGGCUGGGUCCCCGCAAAUACAAUGCCACGAAAAGGCAGCGAAGACGAUCGAAUGCAAGGAACGAAGAGUGGACGAUAUCUAUCUCUACGACCUGUCAUCGAAGCAAGAGCGGCGCCGGGAGAAGAGACCUAUCAAGAGGAUGUAUUACUUCUGCGGAGGAGGAUGGAGAUCACCGCCGUCAUCAGAACACUGGGCCCUGCUUGCGGAGAUGACAAACAAUUUACCAGACAUUGCGAUCACACUCGUGAGCUAUCCUCUGGCGCCGAAUAGUCCUGCUCCUACGACCUUUCCACAGCUUAUGAAGCUGUAUCGAACGGUGAUGCAAGACGCAGAAGCGGCUGGAGAAGAAGUCAUCCUCGCGGGAGACUCGGCAGGAGGCAAUAUUGUGCUCUGUCUCACUGUGAACGCCCUCGCCGAAGACGUCGAAAGCGGCAACGAACUCCCUUGUCCCAAGGCCAUCUUCGCAAUGUCGCCCUCCACAGACCUUCGCCGCGCAAAUCCAGACAUCAAACAAGUGGAGAAGAAAGACCCGCUUUUACGGGCAUCCUUUGUGGUCGAUACCGCGAAGUCAUGGCGCGGAGACUGGGACCCUUGCGAUGUGCGAGUCUCGCCUCUCUAUGCGGAUGUCACACCUCUGGCGAAGCGCGGCGUAAAAGUACAUGGAAUCACCGGGAGAAACGACGUUCUGGGACCAGAUGCGAUUUUGUUCAGAGAGAAGUUGAACCAGGCUUGGGUGUAUGGCGAAUGGCUGGAUUGGGAUAAACAGAUGCACUGCUUCCCAUUGGCGUUCACAUUCCAUUUCCCGGAGAGCAGAGAGGGAAAGGAUUGGACUCUUGAUGUUUUGAAGAGGACAUGA